AUGAAGGACGGAGAAUUUGUCACUAGCUAUUGUGCCAAAACUAUGGACAUAAGCAACAAGAUGCGAUUUCAUGGCGAGAAGAUGAAAGAUGUUACCAUCGUGGAGAAGAUAUUGCGUUCCCUUACACCAAAGUUCGAUUAUGUUAUCUGCUCAAUUAAAGAAUCGAAGGAUAUAGAUGCACUCUCUCUCGAUGAAAUGCAAAGAUUUUUACUAGUCCAUGAGCAAAAGAUGAACAUAAGUUUAGUGAUGGAGAAGCAAGCUUUGAAGGCUUCUACUAAUACUCAUUCCUCAAGAUUUAGAGGAAGGAGUAAAGGAAGAGGAGAUGGAAGCAGUAGAGAUGGCAACAGGAAUUUCAAAGCCAAUGAUGACCAAUUUCAAGGCAAAGGCAAAGGACGGGAUUUUGACAAAUCCAAGGUAGAGUGCUUCAGAUGUCAUAAAUUUGGUCAUUAUUGUUCUGAACGUUAUACUAGGUUGCCUAAUGACAAGGCAGAGAAGUCAAAUUUUGCUAAAAACAAAGAAGGAGAAACUUUGUUGAUGGCGGUUCAAGCUGACAAGGAACUAGAGACAGAUAUUUAG